AUGAUUGCACAAGAGAAAUCAAUAUAAGAAAAGAGAUCAAAUAUAUUUUAUGAAUCAACUAAACUUCCUAAAUCACUUCCUAAAUAUAUAGAAGAUAGACCUAAAUCUCCAAAUCUUGAUCAUAGAUAAAGAAUGUUAUAUUAAAAUACAUCAAAUGUUUUAUCUGGAUAUUGUUAUUAGAAAAUAAAAUAGGUUUGUGAGAGCAGAAUUAAAAUUGUUGAAGAUCCAAAUAAUCGAUUGAAACAUUAAAAUUAAAAUUUUUCUGAUUAUUUGAUAGACAUUGUGGUGAUAAUAAAGUAAAUCAAAGAAUUAGAUCAGUUUCUCCUUAAUUAUAUUGGACUGCACAUGAUAGUAUUAGAAAUGCAAAAGAUUGUACAAAUAAUGAAUAUACAACAAAUAAUAAUCAACCAAAAUCUCCUCUCAAAAUUACUGAAAUAUCCAAUAUAGAAAUUAAAGUAAUUUAUAUAAUAUAUUUUAGGUGUAUUUAAUAAGCAAAAGAAUUAAAAAAUUAUUCGAAAUUACAUGGAAAAACAACAUCUUCAAAAGAAAUUGUUUAUGAAGGAAUGUUGAAAUGGAAAAAUAAUUAUAAAUGA